UAAAGUUCAUGGUGGGAGAUUGAAAGAUUGAGUUUUGGUGCUACUUGUAUCGGCGGAUCAUCAGUUUUUGAUUUGCUGCUUCUCGUACAACAUCUCUUCUCUCGAGUGGACAUUUCUCUUUUAUAAAAAUAAAUCUUAAUUUUAUAUAUUCGUAUCGAAAAAGAAACCGGACGUUAAAUGACUUAACCGCGCUAUUUUAAAACGAAAAUAGAAAGAUUUUGAUUCAUCCUAUCGAAACUGCUUGAUACGAAUUACAAAGAUUUAAGUUUAAAAGAAGCAAAAAUCAGCAAAUAUGUCGAAUUUGAUUCAUCAAAUGGUCAACAACUGCAAUGAGCUUUUGGAUACUAAUAAUAAAAAUAAAGAAAUCAUAAUAGAUACAUGGCCCAUGAUGUAUUCCCCAGGUCCUAUAUUAUGCAUCGUAGGCUGCUAUCUAGCAUUCGUUUUGAAAGUUGGACCGAAAAUGAUGGAGAAGAGGUCCCCUUUUCAAUUGAAUUUCUUGUUACUCGCUUACAACGUGAUCCAAGUGAUAUUCAAUAUCUGGUUAUCACUCAAAGCAUUAGAACCCAGUGUGGUAUCAAUUUUAUUAUUACCUAAAUGCCAAAAUCCAACAUCUCUGAAUUUAAAUACGAAAAACACGAUAUCGUCAGCUGCCUGGUGGUAUUUCAUCGCAAAAAUAAUGGAUCUUCUUGACACGGUUUUCUUCAUACUUCGAAAAAAACAGAAUCAAGUGACAUUUCUACAUGUUUACCACCACACAAUAACCUCAAUAUGCUCAUGGUUGUAUGUCAAAUUUCUGCCAGGCCAACAAGGUGCUGUGAUCAUUUUCUUAAAUUCUUUGGUACACGUCAUCAUGUAUACGUAUUAUUUGAUCUCCGCUUUGGGUCCUAAAUACAAAAAAUAUCUUUGGUGGAAGAAAUACAUGACCUGGAUUCAACUGGUGCAAUUUUUCAUAUUACUCGCUUACGAAUUGACAAUUCUCGUUUUGGGUUGCAAAGUGCCAAAAGCUUUGUCGUGUUUUGUUUUGACCAACUUAGUGAUCUUCAUCUAUUUAUUCAGUGACUUUUAUCGAAAAGCUUAUGCGAAACAGAAAGUUUAAUUUUUUUAAAGAAUUAUUGAUUCGUCUUGUUGAUAAAAUGGUAACUGAAUAUACAAUACAUCAUUUAAUGAUAAAAAAGAAAAAAAGUGUUUAUGAAAUAAUGAGAAAAAAAAGAAAAAAAUAGAAAAAAGGAAAAUGGAAUUCAUUAAAAAAAAAAGUGGAACGAAGUUUGUAAUAAGAACAUAAAUACUAAAUAUUGAAGGAGCAGCUGCAGUUAUGAUUCGAGUUUCAACCGUGUUCUAGUGAGACAAUUUCCAGGAAUCAAAAUUUAUACUCUCGAUAUAACGGGUUCCUUCCAAAUUUAGGUCAGUGACAUCCGUUAUUUGGAGAGAGAAUGACAUAAAAGGAGGUUUGUCAGGUGGCCGAAGAAAAAAUAUCUAUAAUGAAGUCUAGAUCAAACUCAAAUCGCUUCUUUACUUUCGAAACAAGAUGGAUUAAAAUUGAGAAAAAAAGUUAUAUAGAAAAAAAAA